AUGACUCAUUCUUUCUCUGACCUUCUUUCUUCUCCCACCGACCACAACCUCGCAGGCUCCGAAAGACCUCAGGUGUCGGAUCAAACAGGGUCUGGUGCGCCAAAAUUCAAGUCCACACCACCUCCCUCUCUCCCUCUCUCUCACCCUCAAAAUCAUCCUCUUCCACCCAUUUCUCCUUCUUACUUUAACAUCCCCCAUGGGUUAAGCCUUGCUGAACUUCUUGACUCUCCAGUUCUCCUCAACUCUUCUAACGGUUUGCCAUCUCCAACGACUGGAUCAUUUGCUGGUGAAGGCUUCAAUUGGAAGAGCAUUUAUGGGGAAAGCCAGCUCCAUGUCAAAGAAGAAAAUAAAAGCUUCUCAAGUUUCUCCUUCCAAACACAAACACAAACACAGCCUCCUCUUACAUCUUCAACUGGAUUUCAAUCUUCAAUCGGCAUACUUCAAACCGGGUGGAGUUUUCCGGAAACCGCUAAACAAGAUGGUUUUUCUUCAAGAACGAGUAUGAGUAUGGUGAAAACUGAAACCUCUUCUGCGAUGCAGAGUUUCAACUCUGAGAAUAACCACAAGAGUGCUGGUUUUCAAUCAGAUUAUAACAAGUACCAGCCACAAGUUCAGACCUUAAGCAGAAGGUCAGAUGAUGGGUACAAUUGGAGGAAAUAUGGGCAAAAGCAAGUGAAAGGAAGUGAAAAUCCAAGAAGCUACUACAAGUGCACAUACCCCAAUUGUCCAACAAAGAAAAAGGUUGAGAGGUCCUUAGAUGGACACAUUACUGAGAUUGUUUAUAAAGGCAGUCAUAACCAUCCCAAGCCUCAGGCUACCAAGAGGAACUCAUUGUCUGCCUCAUCUCAUACAAUUCCUCAUUCAAAUAGUGUUAACAAUGAAAUGACACUCACCACUCAUCAAAUGGAUUCGGUUGCAACUCCAGAAAACUCAUCUAUAUCAAUGGAAGAUGAUGAUUUUUGUCAGAGUAAAUCAGGAGGAGAUGAGUUUGAUAAUGAUGAACCUGAUGCCAAAAGAUGGAGAAUAGAAGGUGAAAAUGAGGGUAUAUCAGCUGUUGGAAGUAGAACAGUUAGGGAACCCAGAGUCGUGGUUCAGACAACCAGUGACAUCGAUAUUCUAGAUGAUGGAUACAGAUGGAGAAAAUAUGGGCAGAAAGUAGUCAAGGGAAAUCCAAAUCCAAGGAGUUACUACAAGUGCACAUUCCCAGGAUGUCCAGUGAGGAAGCACGUAGAGAGAGCCUCACAUGACCUAAGAGCAGUUAUCACAACCUAUGAGGGAAAGCACAACCACGACGUGCCUGCAGCACGUGGCAGUGGCAGCAACUCUAUCAGCAGAUCAGUACCUAUAAACACUACCACAAACAGCACCACUAGUGCAGCCUCCUCUAUAUACAUUAACAAUUCUCAUCAGAAUCCUAGACCACCAGGACCAGAAAGGACACAACACUUCAACCCCAAUAUGCAGCAGGGCUCAGGAAGUUUUGGAUUCUCAGGCUUUGGAAAUCCAUUAAUGGGGUCUUACAUGAACCAACAAUCUGACAAUGUGUUCACCUCUAGAGCGAAGGAGGAGCAAGGAGAUGACUCGUUUCUUGACUCUCUGCUAUGUUAA